GUCAAUCAGUCUGACACACACCUACCAACAACUCACAAACACACACCCAGGUAAAGCUCUCUCCUCCGUCUCAAUCACUCCGAGACAUCUUCUCUACAGCCACCCAGUACAGCCACUGAGACAAGUGUUAUGGAAGGACCCAGGCCUGUUGUUUUGAGCGGUCCCUCGGGGGCAGGGAAGAGCACUCUUAUGAAGAUGCUGCUGAGGGAUUACGAUGGAGUCUUUGGCUUCAGCGUGUCACAUACAACAAGGAGCCCACGUCCAGGAGAGGUAGACGGCAAAGAUUACCACUUCUCCAACAGGGAGGCUAUGCAGGAGGAUAUUGACGAUGGGACGUACAUUGAGAAUGCAGAGUUUUCCGGGAACCUGUAUGGAACAAGCAAGUCUUCUGUAGAUGAAGUGCGGGCCAAUGGUCUCAUCUGCAUUCUGGAUGUGGACAUCCAGGGAGUAAGGAACAUCAAGCAAACUGACCUGGACCCUAUCUAUGUCUCUAUCCAGCCCCCCUCUAUAGAGAUCCUGGAAAAGCGUCUGAGGGACAGAAAUACGGAGACAGAGGAGAGUCUGCAGAAGCGUCUGGAGGCAGCACGGGUUGACAUGGAGCUCAGCAACGAGCCUGGAGUGUUUGACAUGCUUAUUGUCAAUGAUGACUUAGAGGAGGCUUAUGAGAAGUUGCAAAGUGUUCUUAUUGAGGAAAUUACUAAAGUUCAGUCAACCAAGAAAGAAAGAUGCAAUUCUAUUAUGUCAGGACCCAGGCCUGUUGUAAUAAGUGGCCCCUCAGGGGCAGGGAAGAGCACUCUGCUGAAGAAGCUGCUGAAGGACUACAAGGGAGUUUUCGGCUUCAGCGUAUCACAUACAACAAGGGACCCACGUCCAGGAGAGGUAGAUGGCAAAGGCCUGUUCGGUCUGCCUAUGCUUCUGGGGGCUAUGUUACUGCCCGUAGCAGACAUCCUAUCUUCUGUUUCAUCCGCAGAUUACCACUUCACAAACAGGGAGGCUAUGCAGGAGGAUAUUGACAAGGGAGAAUUCAUUGAGACUGAUGAGUUUUCGGGCAACCUGUACGGAACAAGUAAGAGUGCUGUACAGGACGUGAGGGCCAAGGGCCUCAUUUGUAUCUUGGACGUGGAUAUCGCAGGGGUGAGGCACAUCAAGGAGACUAACCUGGACCCAAUCUACAUCUCUAUCCAGCCCCCCUCUAUUGAGGUCCUGGAAGAACGUUUGAGGGGUAGAGCGACGGAGACAGAGGAGAAAAUACAGAGCCGCCUGGAAGAAGCCCGGACUGACAUGGAGGAGUGCAACGAGCCUGGAUUGUUUGACAUUGUCAUUGUCAACAGCGACUUGGAUGAGGCCUAUGAGAAGUUGCAAAGUGUUCUUAAGGAGGAAAUAGCAAAAGUUCAGGAGGUCAUCAAGUCAUAAGGAGCUACAGUAACAGUGUCCAAGUCUUCCUCUUGCCUGAUACUUUACGGGAGAUAUGAAGACUUUUACUCCAGCAUGAACAACACCAUCUAUGAUACUGCAUCAACACUGAAACACAAUAAGAUCCACUCCCCUGAGACAUCAGCUGAUUUAGCCACAUAAAGAACUGUUCUGAGCGUUGCAGAGAAACAUACGAUAUGCAUCUAAGACCAGGGGUUGGAACAGGUUCGAGAAACAGAAUCAGAACAAAAGUGAUCUGUACUGUUCCAGAACAGAACCGUUAUUUUAAAAGCAAUGAAACUACUUUAAAAAAUGCAAAACUGGUUAAUAAUGUUAUUUAAUAUUUCUGUCAUUUUUAUAAUAAUGGUUCUGUUCAGAACGAAACAAUUGAAAAACAAUUUGCUUCCAACACCUGCCUAGGACUCAAGAAGAUUGUCUUACAUUCUUAGAGUCAAUAGAUCAUGAGAAAUGGGUAAGGGAAUGGGACAUUUGAUAGGUACAGUUGAAGUCGGAAGUUUACAUACACUUAGGUUGGAGUCAUUAAAACUCGUUUUUCAACCACUCCCCAAAUGUCUUGUUAACAAACUCUAGUUUUGGCAAGUUGGUUAGGACAUCUACUUUGUGCAUGACAAGUAAUCUUUCCAACAAUUGUUUACCGGCAGAUUAUUUCACUUAUAACUGUAUCACAAUUCCAGUGGGUCAGAAGUUUAAAUGCACUAAGUUGACUGUGCCUUUAAACAGCUAGGAAAAUUCCAGAAAAUGAUGUCUUUAGAAGCUUCUGAUAGGCCAAUUGACAUCAUUUAAGUCAAUUGGAGUCUAUGGAUGUAUUUCAAGGCCUAUACUGUCAAGCUCAGUGCCUCUUUGCUUGACAUCAUGGGGAAAUCAAAAGAAAUCAGCCAAGAACUCAGAAACAAAUUGUAGACCUCCACAAGUCUGGCUCAUCCUUGGGAACAAUUUCCAAAUGCCUGAAGGUACCAUGUUAAUCUGUACAAACAAUAGUACGCAAGUAUAAACACCAUGGGACCAGGCAGCCGCCAUACUGUUCAGGAAGGAGACGCGUUCUGUCUCCUAGAGAUGAACGUACUUUGGUGCGAAAAGUGCAAAUCAAUCCCCGAACAACAGCAAAGGACCUUGGGAAGAUGCUGGAGGAAACAGAUACAAAAGUUUAUCAACAUAACCUAAAAGGCCGCUCAGCAAGGAAGAAGCCACUGCUCCAAAACUGCCAUAGAAAAAGCCAGACUACGGUUUGCAACUGCACAUGGGGACUAAGAUCAUACUUUUUGGAGAAAUGUCCUCUGGUCUGAAACAAAAAAAGAGCUGUUUGCCAUAAUGACCAUCAUUAUGUUUGGAGGAAAAAGGUGGAGGCUUGCAAGCCGAAGAACACCAUCCCAACCGUGUAGAACGGGGAUGGCAGCAUCAUGUUGUGGGGGUGCAUUGCUGCAGGAGGGACUGGUGUACUUCACAAAAUAGAUGGCAUCAUGAGAAGGGAAAUUAUGUGGAUAUAUUGAAGCAACAUCUCAAGACAUCAGUCAGGAAGUUAAAGCUAGGUCCCAAAUGGGUCUUCCAAAUGGACAAUGACCCCAAAUAUACUUCCAAAGUUGUGGCAAAAUGGCUUAAGGACAACAAAAUCAAGGUAUUGGAUUGGCCAUCACAAAGCCCUGACCUCAAUCAUAUAGACAAUUUGUGGGCAGAACUGAAAAAGCGUGUGCGAGCAAGGAGGCCUACGAACCUGACUCAGUUACAACAGCUCUGUCAACUUAUUGUGGGAAGAUUGUGGAAGGAUAACCGAAACGUUUGACUCAAGUUAAACAAUUUAAAGGCAAUGCUACCAAAUACUAAUUGAGUGUAUGUAAACUUCUGACCCACUGGGAAUGCGAUGAAAGAAAUAAAAUGUGAAAUAUAUAAUCAUCUCUACUAUUAUACUGACAUUUCACAUUCUUAAAAUAAAGUGCUGAUCCUAAUUUUUUCUAGGAUUAAAUGUCAGGAAUUGUGAAAAACAAUUUAUAUGUUUAUAUGAGUUUAUAUGUAUUUGGCUGAGGUAUGUAAACUUCUGACUUCAACAGUACGUGUCGAGUAUACAGUAGAUCCUAGUAAAUGUCUACUUCCUGUAGACAAAUAGAAACUACUGCCAAAGCCACUAGACCUUCCCCUAAAACCUUCAUUGUCAAGGUUCGACAUUAUACUUAACAUGUCCCUGACUUAACAUGUGUGAUGACCAUCCAACAUAUCAUGGACAAACAACCCGAGAAGUAGUAAAACUAUAAAACAUUCUUAGCUGUGAAAAGUCACAUCAGCGGAACACCUUUGAGGUAAACACUACACUGUCUUUUAAUCUAAACCGUUUUUUGGUCCAAUAGUAAGAAACCAUUCUGUAUCCUGUAGUCUAAUUUUCUCUCUUGGUUUUAAUCAAUGAUAAAGUUCUUGAGUAAUGUUACACAAAAAAAGGGAGGGAUGUGUGUUGUUGAGUGUAUUUGUGGAUGAACAUGUAACUGGCUGGGUAAGGACCCGAGCACUCAGCACACAGCUUUCAGAGGUCACAGGUCAGUC